AUGAAUUGCCGACUGUUCAUGAUGAGAAAGAUACAUUUUCUUUAUUUCCUCUCCACACUUUUCCUUCCUUUUCUUUAUGAUCUCCAUUUUCUUUAUUUCCUAUCAUUUCUUUUUGCCUUCUUGGAAAGAUGGUAUCUUUCUUCUCAGAUACAUUUCUUUAUUUUCUUUUUUUUGCCUUCUUGGGAAAAGAUGGUAUAUUGCCAACUGUUUUCCAAUCAUCUCAGAUACAUUUUCUUUAUUUCCUAUCAUUUCUUUUGCCUUCUUGGGAAAGAUGGUAUAUUGCCGACUGUUCAUGAAUCUUCUCAGAUUCAUUUUUCUUAUUACCUUUCAUUUUUUUGCCUUCUUGGGAAGAUGGCAAUCUUCUCUCCAGAUUCAUUUUCUUUUCUUUCCUUUCAUUUCUUUUGCCUUCUUGGGAAAAGAUGGUAUAUUGCCGAAUCUUUACACUGUUCUUUAUUCAUUUCUUUUUCCUUCUUUGGAAUCUUCUCAGAUACAUUUUUUUAUUUCCUAUCAUUUCUUUUGCCUUCUUGGGAAAGAUGGUAUAUUUCUGUUCAUGAAUCAUCUCAGAUACAUUUUCUUUAUUUCCUAUCAUUUCUUUUUGCCUUCUUGGGAAAGAUGAUACAUUUUCUUUAUUUCCCUAUCAUUUCUUUUUGCCUUCUUGGGAAAGAUGGUAUAUUGCCGACUGUUCAUGAAUCUUCUCAGAUACAUUUUCUUUAUUUCCUAUCAUUUCUUUUUUGCCUUCUUGGGAAAGAUGGUAUAUUGCCGACUGUUCAUGAAUCUUCUCAGAUACAUUUUCUUUAUUUCCUAUCAUUUCUUUUUUUUGCCUUCUUGGGAAAGAUGGUAUAUUGCCGACUGUUCAUAAAUCUUCUCAGAUACAUUUUCUUUUUAUUUCCUAUCAUUUCUUUUGCCUUCUUGGGAAAAAGAUGGUAUAUUGCCGACUGUUCAUGA